GGCAGUGGCAGUGGCAGGCUAUUACGGUACUUCACCCUACUGUCUAUGACUUCACCCGAUAGUAUGGACACAGGUAUGUUUCUGAGUCGGUUUGACGGGCAGUCGAAGCUGCUGGUCCGGUCGCUUUGUGGAACCUCCGGUGCCCACAGAGCCCUGGGCGUCUUCCACAGGCAGCAGAGAGCCAACCCUGAAGUGUCACUGUCUAACCUCGUGGAAACCCUGUGUCAAGACGAAAUAACCUGUCCAGAUACUAAAACACAGCCACUAACUGUUAAACCCCUGGUGUGCCUGUUUCCAGCAUUAUUCAAGCAAAACCUGCUGUCCUUCAUCUAUCUGGUCCAAUCGGUUCUUCCCCGGACCACUGUCCUCCAUCUUCUGAAAUGCCUCAGCCAGGACCUUCAUCCAAGCCCCUGGGUCACUGCUCUGGUUAGACAGCUGGAAAGAAACCUGGGGGCCCACAAUGAAGAUCCUCUGUAUACUACACUGUGCUGCCAGAGACUCAAGGAGCUUUCACAGCGUUUGGUUGGUUCUGGUGAGAGUGAAGGAUGGGCCAAGUGCUUCAGCGAUCAACCAGUAGAAUCUGAAUCUCAGAGUGCAUCUUGUUUAUCAGAGCUGGGUACACAACGGAAAAGAAAGGGCAGCUUUGUCACUCUGGACUCUGAUGGUGAGGAAACAGGACAGCAGCGUAAACGGAUAAAGAUGGAUCUCUGUGGUAGUGAAUGUCUCGAUGCUGAAGAACAGAGCGCAAAAGCAGAGGCAUUAGGAAGUGAUGCUCCAGAAGAAACUCCUGCUGAAGAACUGCAGCCAGCACCAGACAGUUCAUGUGAUGCCCUGCCUGAACAUAUAAAGGUCUCUGUUCUUCAAAUAAAAGAAUUACUGGAAAGUCAGACAGAGUGGGACCAGAGCUCCAUGGAGGUGUUCAAAGUGCUGAACGACUGUGACCCCGGCCAAGUGGAGGUGUUAUGCAGCAUGCUGAAUUUCCCUGACUUACUAGAACAGACUCUGUCUAAACUGUGCAGCAGUAUUUUGGGUCCCUCUCCUGACUUCAGCUACAGCACGGCAGCAACACUCAUCAAGAGCCUCCUCCUGCAGAAGGUCCUGUUCCUGUCAGAACCGGCCUCCAGAUGUCUAGUCACUGCAGUGAUGUCACUGUGUAGCCACUAUCCCAGACCAAUGUGCCACGUUCUGAUCAGACCAGUUCUAGAGGAAAAGAACAUAGGGAAUCCACAGGCUGAGCUGCUGAACAGACUGAUAGAAGGCUGCCUGGAUUCCCAUUACAGACUGCUGGUGCUUCAAAUGACAUUCAAAAUAGCGUGGAGUGAGGCCGUGCUCUCCAUUAUCCACAGCUUGCUAGACUCCAAGCCUGACUUGAGUGAAGAACUUUUCUCACAGUUUACCGAACAGCUCAUCAGCAAGGGUCCUCAAUUCACGAAGUCUGUGAAGUUUGCAAAGCUAAUGCUAACAGUCCUCACCAAAUAUAGCAGUCAUGUGACGGCUGCACACAAACACUCCCUGCAUGGUUGCCUGAUAUUAAAUGAGACCUUCCUGAAAAAGUCUCUCCAAGCUGCUUUGAAAAGAAUCACACACACAUGAAGUUUUAUCUGACCUAAUGCAUGUUAAUAAAACUGUUUAAAUAAGUCAUUGUGUACUUAUUGGCAAUAUUUUGACUUAAAAGAAUGAAGCACCUCAACUAUAUUUACUCAAGUACUUUUCUUGAAUACAAUUUUGAGGUCCUUGACUGUAAUACUUCCAUUUAAUGUCCCUUAAACUCCUACUUCACUACAUUUCAGAGAGAAAUAUUGUACUU